UCAAAGAGGACCCAGAGCCCCCCCACAUUAAAGAGGAACAGGAGGACCCAGAGCCCCCCCACAUCAAAGAGGACCAGGAGGACCUCUGGACCAAUCAGGAGGGAGAGCAGCUUCCAGGGCUGCAGGAGGCUGGUACCAGGUUCUCAGUCUCUCCUGUAAAGAGGGAAGAUGAUGAAGAGGAAGCUCAGUCCUCUCAGCUUCAUCAAAGACAAACUGAACCAAUGGAAACAGAAGCUGAUGGAGCGCAUUGUGGAGGACCAGAACCAGACAGGAAGUUAGAUCCAGGAAGCGAUCCAGGACCAGAUACUGAGACUGAGUUCAGUGAUGAUGGGGAGGAGACUCAGGAACCUCAGUCAGAUGAGAACCCUCUGCUAAACAAAGAAGUCCCUGUAAGGGAUGUGAACUGUAGUCCUGGAACUACAUCAAGCAGCUCGCCUGCAUGUGCUGCACGCUCUGACCACCAGGGACAUCUGGAGAAACCCAGCAGCUCCAAAACAGGAGAGAAAACAGCUCAAUGCUCUGUGUGUGACAAAAUAUUUGAAUUAAAUAACGCUCUAAAGAGACACAUGACUGUUCACACAGGGGAGAAACCAUUUAGUUGUUCAGUGUGUAGUAAAACAUUUACACACAAGAGAAACAGAAACUAUCACAUGUAUGUCCACACAGGAGAGAAACCAUUUAGUUGUUCAGUGUGCAGUAAAACAUAUACACAAAAGUGUCACCUGAACGAUCACAUGACUGUCCACACAGGAGAGAAACCAUUUAGUUGUUCACUUUGUAGUAAAACGUAUACACACAAGGGAGACCUGAGCUAUCACAUGACUGUCCACACAGGAGAGAAACCAUUUAGUUGUUCAGUGUGUAGUAAAACAUUUCCACACAAGAGAAACAUGAACUAUCACAUGUAUCUCCACACAGGAGAGAAACGAUUUCGUUGUUCAGUGUGUAGUAAAACAUUUACACAAAAGGGACACCUGAAUGCUCACAUGUUUGUUCACACAGGAGAGAAACCGUUUAGUUGUUCAGUUUGUAGUAAAACAUUUACACAUAAGAGAAACAUGAACUCUCACAUGUUUGUCCACACAGGAGAGAAACCAUUUAAAUGUUCAGUUUGUGAUCAAACAUUUUCACAGAAGCACAAUCUGAAAAAACAUUUAAUUGUCCACACUAGAGAAACUAAGUAGUCGUGGAGUUCGCUCAACAAGAUUCUCUUGUCUCAGUUAUUCCAAAAAUCUCAAAAGUAUUCCUGAGAGUCUCUGAAAUAAAUCUGGUUAAACACUUAAAAAGUGUCAUGCUGAUCCAGACUCCAACACAAGUGUCUUCAGCUAAGAUUAAGUUACACAUCAAUUUAUAUUACUAGGGUCCGAGCGACUGACGAAGCCAGUCCGAGAGGACCCUAUUGAGUUUGUUAGGGGAAAUAUUAUUAUUCUUAAUCCGCUUUUUAUUUUUGAACAUUGGGCGCAUAUUGGGGGUAUGUAGAAUACUUUCUUUUACAUUUAAUUUACAUGACGUGGUCUACACUUCAGGUAGAGACACAUGAUGCUUGAAUAUGUCCACAUAGUCAAAGCGCCACCAAGUGGUUCAACUGGACUUGCCCAAAUCUGCCCCAAACUUGUGAUGGAUGUUAUAAGUAAUGGCAUGAGGAUAGUGACGCGCCUAAAUUCACUCAUAGUCAAAGCGCCACCUACUGGCGAAAGAAAAAACGCAAUACGUGACAAACGGCGAAAGGUCCGACCGGCGUGCCUGCGUCCUCGGCCGAGCGGGCCUCUACUGAUCUCUCUUUGAGAUUUAGGGAUUCCUUUGUUUUAAGGUGUGAAUAUUUGACCUUUUGUUGACUGCUCGUUCUCUUGGAUUCACUCGUGUUGGAACAGCUGUUGUUGUUGUUGUUUUCUUGGCUCAAACAUUUGGAAAAUUCAGCCAACGUUUCCACCAACAUGACUUCAGUUCAAUGUUCUUCUAUAUUUGUCCCAGAGUUUGUAACCAAGCUGCAGCUGCUGGCUUUUCUUUUUAAAUAAAUAUGUGUUCAUGAUU